ACAAGUGGGGGUCGUACGACUACUACAACUACUUCUACUACUACUACUUGUAGUACUGUUGUUGCUGGUCUCUCUGGCAUCGCAUUGAGCCGAGACGCGCAUAUGUGUGUAUAUAUAUCUUCUCGUGUAUAUAUCAUAUAGAUAUAUAGGUGGUGUGCGUACGCGCGCGCGCGCGAUAUAUAUAUUGCGUAUACAGCAGAAAGAGCAUCACGAUCGCGCCCCGUGUGCUCUCCGACUCGGUGCGCAGUGCAGCCAGUGCGUUGUUUAUUUGCCGAUCGCAGCACGUAUAGCUGCGCACUGCACUUUUGUGCUGGCAAGCCAAAGCCUCGUCGCAGCGCUCGAGCAAUAUAACGCCGUGUAUAAGGCAUCGUCGCAGCGCUUCCAGGCUCCUUUCUUCUAGCCUCUCUCUAUUCAAGCUCACGGUUGAACUUGCGGUGCAGCGGUUGUGGCGCGUUGGGAGCUUUUUGCUCGCUUUAUCUCUCAUGUGUCGCGAUCAAACAGCCAGCGAGCAUGUCGUCGUGCAGUAGCAGCAAUAACAAUCCGAGUGCGCCGAUCGCGAGUGCUCAAGCAAGUGCGUCGAUCGACUCUCAGCAGCCACCGAAGCAACAACAAGCGCAACAGCAGCCGUCUGCCGAGGCCAGCAGCCCUGGCCAAACGCAGCAGCAGCAGCAACACUUUUCGCUCGUUUGGAACACGUUCCCGCACAAUUUGUCGACUGGCCUGUACAGUCUGUUGACGGGCGAGCAACUGGUCGACGUGACUCUGGCCGCCGAGGGCCAGAUUUUGCGCGCCCACAAGCUCAUACUGUCCGUCUGCAGCACUUACUUUCGCGAUCUCUUCAAGGUUAACACGUGUAAACAUCCAAUAGUCAUCCUCAAGGAUGUCAACUAUCGGGACCUCUCUGCCAUGCUGCAGUUUAUGUACCAAGGUGAAGUCAACAUCAAGCAGGAAGAUAUAGCUAAUUUUCUCAAGGUCGCGGAGAUUCUCAAAAUCAAGGGACUCACCAGGACCAAUGAUGACGACGAAUUACCGCAGGAAGAAGUCGACUCGGAGCUGACGGACGCGCUGCCUUUGAUUCACCACGAUCGAGGAAACGACAAUCUGACACCCAGCCAACGACAAGGUACGACGGCGGAAACGAGUCCAGGCUCCUUGGACAUGUCGCAUCAUCAGCAACAUCAGCAACACCAGCAUCACACGGCCUCUUGGCAAAACGUUAACAACAACGCAGCGGGAUGCUCCUGCAACAAUGUCAAAGCAGCCAUCAAAGUCGAAGACGUAUCGAUCACAUCGUACAAAGAACAGCAGCACCGUCACCACCAUCGGCGCCAGUCACAGCUUGGCGAUUCAACGAAAUCGGCUCGGAGGCAGCAGCUCGACAACGACGACAUGGACGAAGGCAACGACGACGACGACGACGACGAGAACGAAGAGGAGGUGGAAGAGGAAGAGGAAGAGGAGCAGCCCCUCGAUUGCAGCAGCACCCCGGAUCACGUACAGCAGGCCAAAAUCACGGCGGCCAACGAUUACAAAUCCUCGGAUGUGCUCAACAUGACUCUGGGCUCGACGGAGAUUCGCCACCUGACUCCCGAGGUCGAAUGUAUUCAAAGGGGAGCGGCGUCGCUGAGUGGCUCGACGGCGCCGCACCGCUUGCCAAUACCCUACACCGAGCAGGACCACAUGGACAGCUUACUGAACGCACAAAUGUUAUCCGCUGCCUACUGUCCCGGCAACUCGGUCGGUUUUCACGACACGGGCACAGCGGGAGGGACGUCAUCCUCGAGUCUGGCAGAGUUCAACAGCGCUCAGCAGGCUGCAGCAGCAGCCGCGACAGCGAGCAGCGGCAGCGUCAGCAGCAAAGGACGGCGCACGGUCAAAGGCUUGCCUGGAAGCAGCUUAUCGCUCGAGACUACGCUCAGGGUCAUAUCCGAGCUCGGGCCGACGAUACGCAUGGAGCGCGGCAAAGUCAUACGUAUGUACUCGUGUCCCUGGUGUCUGCGCCACUUCACUCGCAAGGAGAAUCUCAAGCUACACGUGCGAUACAUCCACGGCCCGCUCGAGAGCCUCACCUGCAAGCUCUGCGGUAACAAGUACAAGAACAGCAAUAGUUUGCGCGUGCACUCGUAUCUCUACCACAACGCACAAAGGAACAAGUCGUCGUCGGCGGGGGCGGCGGCUGCUGCCGGUAGCAGUGCCGCUGAAACCAGUGGUAAACCGCCUGUAGUUCGCGGUAACGUUUGAUCCUUGCUCUGGACGCGU